AUGCUGGGUAUUGGAUUCAAAAGUGUGUUCCUGAUAUCAAGCCAGCCCCAUAUAUUCAGUAAUGGGUAUCAAAUCAAGUUUAAUGAGAAGCCGUGUCCAGAAUGCAAUAUUGGAUACAUUGUCCCGGAGUGGGUUGAGUCCAGGCCUAGCCUUUCAGAUAUCAAACAGAUAUAUGGGUCUACCAGAGACCUUCCAACAACCUGUAUCGUCCUGCCUUUGAAGGAUGAGAAGGUCACUACGGUGAAGCAGCAGCUGUCAAGCCUGCAUCCAGAAAUGCUACUGUUUCUGUCAAAGAUCAGGCGGCUUUCUGUCCGUGAAGAUAACGGCAACGCUAAAGGCAGCACUGUUAGUGAGAUUGCAAUAUCGAGUGAGAAGAACUUUGAAGUGAGGAAGAACAUGCACGCGGAGUCUUACACGGCAAGAGAGUCUGGAGUGGACCUUAAGAACCUGUCAACCCAUGGAACCUACAUUCUGAGUUCCCAUUUUGACAAGAGUGCAUACAAUAGUGUUCUUACAUUUCUGGAUGUCAAAAGUGUGAGCCAUGAAUGGUAUGCAAAAUGCAUCGAGGGGUCUAACCUUGUCAGCAAUGUAGAUGAACAGCUUUAUCUUGAACUUCUAUCUUUUGUCGCAGACAGUUGGCAAAACUUGUCCAGUACAAAGAUGAUGCAAAUUCCUCUGCUGAAGUAUGUUGACAGGAACAAAAAUGUCUCUGUCUGGAGCAUAUCCAGAGCUAGUCAGUGGAGUGAUAGACUGUGUAUUGCAUCUGAUGGGAAGUGGAUGUCAUGGCUUAUCAGCUGGAACCAGGAGUUUCCAUCUUCUAACCGCCUUUUUGUGUCUCCCCGUACACAAACAGCUCUGCAAGGUUUCGCGCAGAAGGAAAAAGUGACAUACUGGCUUCAGAGCCAUGCAAAAGUGGAGGUUGUAUCUGUAUACAAUUUCGGGAAUAUUGUGGUUAAAUCCUUUAACUAUGAUAGAAGGCCUGCCAUUGCUUUUUCUCACUUUCUAUACCAUUCAUCCAAUAAGAAUUACAUGGAGAGCUACCAGUUAGCAGACCUGUGUCAUAUCAUGCCGGUAAUUGACAACUAUGGCAAUGCCGUCACGGAACGACAAAGCAUUCUAGUUCCUGCAAAUGGUAGCAAAUGGGUUGGACUGAUGGGCAUAAACCCAUGGAGGAAUGAGAAAUACAUCAAACUGUCAGCAGAUUACAAGUCAGCAGGUCAUUUCGCCGGGAACUACACACCUAAAGAUCAGAUCUUGGAUUUUCUCAAGACAAAGGUGCAGGCCUCAGAUGUGCCGUUCAUACACCCCCCAAAUGCAAGUUUUCCUACAGCAUCGUCACAUCUGACUGUGGACAAUGCAAUCUUGCUACUGCAAUGGAUACGCAAUUUGAAGUCAAAAGGUGUACAACUACCAGCUAGUUUCUUGGCUUCUGUGAAAGAAGGAAGUUGGCUGAAGACAUCAGUCGGAUACAAGCACCCGGUUGAAUCAUUUAUGUCCAGUUCUGAGUGGGGUAAUCUCUUGCAAAAUGGGUCUUCCUGUGUUGAUAUACCAAUGAUCGGUCAACAGUUCUAUCAAAACAAAAUGCAUGCGUACAAGGAGGAACUUCAGGUGAUCGGGGUAAGAUUUGAAUUUGGGGAGGCAUCCGCUUACAUCGGCAGACGGCUCAUGUCGAUGGCUGCAAGCAAUAUGCUGACCAGACAACAUGUAUAUGAGCUGCUUCGGCUGAUUCGGUUUCUUCAACAGAAGGUUCUGUCACCAAGUAAACUAGUCAACAGCGUGAAAGAUGGUCGAUGGAUGAAGAGUACUCUGGGCUACAGGUCUCCUUCUUGUUGUAUAAUAUAUGAUUCAGACUGGGCAGCUGCAUCUUGUAUCAGUACCCAGCCAUUCCUUGAUGUUGGAUUCUAUGGCGAGUCCAUCCUUCACUACAAACAAGAGCUGAAGUUGCUUGGUGUUCAAGUUGGGUUUGAAAACAGUGAAAAGAUUUACAAGCUUGUAAUUGAUAAUUUCAAGUUCAGUUCUUCAUCCAUUACUUCAGAUGCUACUGCACCAAUCCUCAAGUGUAUCCGGUAUGCUAGCCCAUGUGAUGAUUUCUUGAGGAAGCUCAGAGAUUUGAAAUGGCUGAAGACCAACGUAGGAUUCCGUGCUCCUGGUGAAUCUUUUUUUCUGGAUCAGGAGUGGGAGUGCCUUCUAAAGGUGUUCGACGUAGUUCCUAUAGUUGAUUCUUGGUUUUAUGGGAGUAAUAUCAGCCCGUACAAAGAAGAGAUGAAGAAGACAGGGUUGAUCAAAAGAUUUGACCAGGCAUCGAAGGCUGUAGCAAACAUUUUCAAGCAGAUGGUCCUGAAGUCAUCGCUUACAAAGGCAAGUGUCCUGGCUCUUCUAGCUUGUUAUUGGAAGCUGAGAACACGCGACCCAAUUCCUGUUGAUCUUUUCAACUGCAUGCGGAGUGAGAAAUGGCUGUGCACAUCACUGGGAUUCAGGUCACCGUCGGAGGCAAUCUUAUUUGAUGAAGGUUGGCAGUCUCUGUCGCCAAUAGCAAGCUUGCCUUUCAUCAAUGAUGGUGACUCUAAUGGUGGUUUGGGCAAAGAGAUACAUGGUUACAAAGCUGAGCUGAAAGAUUUAGGUGUCACAACAGAAGUGAAGGCUCAUGUUGCUAGGCCUACCGUCACUGGUCUCAACAUUUGUGAUAACCCUGUAGACAUUUCUGCAGCUAGGUUUGUCAUCAGUGGUCUCAACAUUCCCGCAGACCCUGCAGCCAUAUCUGCUGCUACCGUGUUGUCACUGCUUGGAUCUGUCAAGAGCUGGCUAGCCUGUACAGCAACAUUUCCCAAGGAAUUUAUGAAGGAAAUCACUAGCUGCAAGUGGUUGAAGACAACACUUGGAUACCAAUCUCCUGAUGGAAGCAUACUCUUUGACCCAAAGCAGUCUUCCAUCUGCAUAACAGAUGGCCCUUUCAUCGAUGAAUCUUUCUGUGGUUCAGAGAUCGCCUCAUUCAAGGAUGCACUGGCGGCAAUCGGAGUAACUGUGGAUGUUCAAUGUGGGCAUGGCCUUGUUGCUCAGCAUCUGAGGAGCCACAAAGAAACUGCUACCAUCUCCAGGAUCUACUUGUACCUCAAGGAGUGCAGCUGGGGGCCUGAGAAGAACAAAGAGGGUAGUGACUGGAUCUGGAUACCAAAUGAAAAAGGAGGUGGAGAAUGGGUGAGCCCGGUAAGCUGUGUUCUUCAUGAUCAAAACAACCUCUUAAGCCAGCAGAUGCAUGUGUUGGGCAGAUACUAUGAUGACAGGAAGCUGCUGGACUUCUUCUCAUCUAUUCUCCGCGUGAGGCAUGGCCCCAAUGCCGAAGACCACUGCAAGCUCUGGAGCGCAUGGGAGAGCUAUGGCGGUGAGAUAUCCGUAACCAAUUGCUCUGCUUUAUGGCAAUUCACCGCAAGGAACUGGAGCAAGAACACGGAGAAGCUUCUCUCUGGCUGCAUGAAGGUCCCGGUUUGCACUGAUGGGAAGAUCAUCUUAUCGCAGAAGGAGGACGUGUUCAUUCCUGAUGAUCUUCUGCUUAAGGAUCUGUUCGACAAGCUUCCUCGACAAUCCAUUUUUAUCUGGUACCCGCCUUCCAUCUCUCGAGCAAGGCUCAACAACGUGUAUGGCAGCAUCGGUGUUCAGGCAGUAUCCAAAGCCGCCGAGAAGAGCGAUUCUUUUGUUGCCUUGGGCCAGGAUGGCAGUUGCAAAACGGUUGCUGGCCAGCGUGAGGUGAUCAAUGCCGGUCUGGUCCAGAUAGUCCUUGCUUUCCUUGCUGAUCCAGCUCUUGACAUUGCUUCCAAAGAGCGGCACACCAUGGUCCCUCGCCUGCUGAAUGUGAGCAUCCUGGAGACAACGAAGCCGAUCACGAUGGGGUACCGCGUGAAGCUGUCCUCUGGAGAGGCUGUGGACGUGGAGGCCAGCCAGAUGAUCAGGUGGGAGAGGGAGAGCUCAAAGCUGUAUGUUCAGCAAAGCAAUGGUGCUGGUGCUGCAGCUGGUUACAAAGAGAAGAUCAAGUUUGCGACGAACUUUGCUGACGAGGUAGCCCGAGGACUGCUCUUCGAGACGCCGGACCGCAUCCCUUGGCUUGCUGAACUCGUGAAGGUCGGCAGCCUGGUGGACUUCCAGGAUGAUGUUGUUAAGUACCUGCUGAAGUCGAAGAAUCUGCAGCUGUUCCCUGAAGACGAGGCGUUCCUGAACGCUGCAUCACUAGGUCUGUCCCUCCCUGACAAACUCAGAGAGUUCAUCUCACUAUAG